AUGCCCGUCUUCCACGCCCUCUCCCAAAAGCUCGUCUCGCGCACCCCCCAUCUAAACUGGGAAGAUCCCAUAAUCAUCAACCCCAGACGCAACGACCACCAGCACACCAUCAUCCUCCUACACGACCUAAACCAGACAGCCGAGCCGUUCAUGCGCGACUUUCUCGACACAACCAAGAUCCCACACGACCUGUCCACAGUCCGCUUCAUCUUCCCCACAGCCAAGGCAGAUUCCUCCGGACUAUUCGGGCAGCAUAAAGGCCCCAACCAGUGGUUCCGGGUUAGCGAUCCCUAUGAUCCGAAUGUGGAUGCCGAUGCGCAGAUCCCCGGGCUUAAAGAGACGAGUGGGUAUUUGAAGGUCCUUAUUGCGCAGGAGGCGCGGAGGUUAGAGGAUUUGGAUCGCCCGUCGAAGAAUCGGGGGUAUGACCGUGUGAUUAUCGGCGGGCUAGGACAGGGAGCUGCAGCGGCGCUGUUUACGUUGUUGGGUAUGGAGCAGACGCUGGGUGGGUUUGUUGGGAUGGGUGGGUGGUUGCCUUUUCAAGGGGAGAUGGCUGCUUUGAUUAGAGAGGCCGGUGUUGUUCCGGUAGAGAAGGGGCGCAGUAAAAAUGAUGGGAAUAGCAUCAAAGUCCAGAUCCAGAAACUGGUUCGUGGUGUUUUGGAUGUUGAGACUGUCUGUGAUCCGCAGUCCGUGCUGCAGCUGGAGACGCCCAUAUUCCUGGGCCACGGGGACCAGGAUCGCACGACGUGGAUUGGGCACGGGCAUAGAAUGCGCGAGGUUCUGGAUAGCUGGGAUGGAUUGGGGAUGACUGUUAUUUGGAAGGAGUAUCAUAACUUUGGUCACUGCUGGAAGCCACACGGUAAAGAGCCCAAGGACCAUGAUGUUAUCAAAUUCCUGCGACUCGUGGUGGGUGUCCAUGCCAGGUCUUUCUAG